AAAUUUUCAGGUUUAUUGCCAAAUGGAAACUUCGAGUCUGGGCCAAAGCCAUCAGAAUUGAACGGAACAAAAGUGAUGAGCCCCAAGGCAAUACCCAACUGGGAAAUUUCAGGCUAUGUUGAGUACAUCAAGUCAGGUCAAAAGCAAGGUGACAUGCUGCUAAUUGUACCCGAGGGAGCCUUUGCAGUUAGGUUAGGCAAUGAGGCCCAGAUUAAGCAGAAGAUUGAGGUGAUUAAGGGCUUGUCUUACUCUCUAACCUUCAGCGCAGCUCGCACAUGUGCUCAAGAGGAAAAACUGAACGUGUCAGUUUCACCGAACUACAAGAAAAACGACUAUGGUUUAUUUCCAAUUCAAACAAUGUAUAGCAGCAAUGGAUGGGAUUCAUAUGCAUGGGCUUUCUUGGCAAGUGAGCCUGUAAUUGACAUUUCAAUACAUAAUCCAGGUGUGGAGGAGGAUGCAGCUUGCGGUCCUCUUAUUGAUUCUGUCACAUUGAAGACCUUGAACCCUCCUAAACGCACCGGAGUCAAUCUACUAAAGAAUGGAAAUUUUGAAGAAGGCCCUUAUGUCUUCAAAGAACCAACUUCAGAAGGAGUAAUAAUUCCACCCCACAUUGAAGAUGAUCACAGUCCUUUACCAGGCUGGAUAAUUGACUCCCUCAAAGCCGUUAAGUACAUUGACAGUGAACAUUUCUCAGUUCCAGAGGGCGAACGAGCCAUUGAACUCAUAGCCGGAAAAGAAAGUGCACUUUCACAAAUCGUUAAGACCACAACUGGUAGAAGCUAUGUCCUCUCAUUUGCUGUAGGUGAUGCUAACAAUGCAUGUGAAGGUUCCAUGGUGGUAGAAGCAUUUGCAGGCAAGAACACCGUCAAGGUCCCAUAUGUCUCCAAGGGGAAAGGAGGAUUCAAGCGAGCUACACUUCCAUUCAAGGCAGAGUCGACUCGAACUAGGGUUAUGUUCUAUAGCACAUUUUACACCACGAAAAGUGAUAACACGGGUUCUCUUUGUGGACCGGUGUUGGAUGAUGUGAAGCUGCUUAGUGUCCGAAAAUUACAUCAUCUGAACCGAUGUAACAAAAGCAAAUAUCUAUUUUCAUUAAAUGAAAUUAAAUGGUUUAUCUACAGUGCAACUUUAGUUUCCCUGUUUUUUUCUUAUACCUAA